AUGGAGCAGCUGUCCAGUGCCAAUAAUCAUUUCACUCUGGACUUGUUCCAUAUUUUGAAUGAGAAGAAUCCCACAGGAAACAUCUUCUUCUCUCCCUUCAGCAUCUCCUGUGCAGCUGCCUUGGUCCUUGCUGGGGCCAAGGGCAACAGCGCAGCACAGCUGUCCAAGGCAUUUCAUCUUGAUAAGAUUGAGGAAGUUCAGUGUCUGAAUGCUGAAAUCAACAAACGUGAUGCCUCCUACAUCCUGAAACUUGCUAACGGGUUCUAUGGCGAGAAGACCUAUCACUUCCUCCCUGAUUUCUUGGCAACAAUUCAGAAAUUCUAUGGGGCUGACCUGGCCAGUGUGGAUUUCCAGCAUGCCUCUGAGGACGUGAGGAAGGAGAUAAACCAGUGGGUCAAAGACCAGACAGAAGGGAAAAUUCCAGACAUUUUACCUUCAGGUGUGGUUAACAGCUUGACUAAACUCGUGCUAGUGAAUGCCAUCUAUUUCAAGGGGAAGUGGCAGAAAUUAUUUCCUAAAGAUGAGACAAAAGAAGCCCAAUUCCAUUUGAAUAAAAAAGAUAAAAAAACGGUGAAAAUGAUGUGUCAGGUGGAUAUAUUUUCAUACGGCUAUAUCGAUGAAGUAAAGUGCCAUGUGUUAGUACUGCCUUAUGAAGACAACGACCUCAGCAUGGUCAUCCUGCUGCCACAUGACAUUGAAGAUGACUCCACAGGUCUGAAGAAGAUUGAGGAACAGUUGACUUGGGAUAAACUGAAUGAAUGGAUCAAUUCUAAUAAUUUGAAGGUGGAUAAAAUGGAAGUUAGAGUGCCUAGAUUCAAGCUUGAAGAAAGCUACAAUCUCAAAUCCCACUUGGCCCACCUGGAUGUGCAGGAUAUAUUUAAUCCUAGUAAGGCAGAUCUGUCUGGCAUAUCAGGAGCCACAGAUCUUUUUAUAUCAGAUGUUGUUCAUCAAUCCUUUGUGGAAGUUAAUGAAGAGAGUACAGAGGCUGCGGGUACCACAAAAGUUGUGGUUGUGCCAUUAUGUGGUGGGUUCCGUUUCAGGAAUUUCACUGCCAACCAUCCAUUUCUUUUCUUUAUCCAACACAAUGCCUCAAAGUGCAUCCUCUUUUUUGGCCAAUUUGCUUCUCCUUAG